CGCGUGUGUGUGUGUGUGUGUGUGUCUGUGUGUGUGCGCGCUCGCGCGCGUUUGAUCACUGGGUGGAGCUGUGCGCGGCGCGGCAGCUGCAGGUCUCGCGUCUCUUCGCUCGGUUCUCUCGCUCGGUUCAUUGCGGUGUCGGACGGGAUGUCGCCGCAGCGGCCGUGUGUGUGAUAAGGAUGGUGAUGAUGAUGGAGGAGUCAGACAGCAUCCCCUGCAGCGCGGAGGACGGACUCCUGUCCAGUUGGAGAUGGAACCGAACCGCCCGGGAUCAGGUCCAGAUCAAGCAGAAGAUCCGAGAUCUGCCCGGUUUAUUAAAACACGGACUCAACCUGCGCAAAAAGACCCAGUCACCUGAUACCGUCCCAGGACCCAGCACGGGUGUCACACCCAGACCUAAGACGUGCUCACAGAGUUUUCCCUGUGCUGGACGUGCGCUGAGAAAUGCUUUUCUCUCUCAUGGGCCAUAUCCGGCAAAAGACAAGAUUCACCUCGCCCGGAUUAUCAGGAGGAGUUAUGUCGGUGUGGAGUUGGUGCAGUGGCUCCUGGAACAGUGCGUUUCAGUUCAGUGCCGGAUAAUGGCGUCACGUGUCUGGCAGGUGCUCCUGGAGCUGGGAAUCCUACACUCGGUGGACCAGCGGGUGGUGUUUGAAGACUCAAACACGUACUAUCAGUUCUCAUUUGAAGAAUGUGAAGCUCAAGGCUGUGAAUUCAGAAAUGAGGAGGAAUGGCAAAAUGGAGUUCGUCUUCUGCUUCAGAUCGUACCCUACGUCCAGUUCAGGGUCGUCAGUCCACCAGAGGAAGACCCUGAUAGAAAGCGAGAUAUCUGCAGUGAGAUACUUCAGAUGAAAGCUCUAGAGAGACUCACGUCUACAGUGCAAAAUGAACUUGCAGCUGCUCUCGCAAGAAAAGCCAAAAAAACAAUGUCUGAAGAUGAAAGCUCAGAGGCAUCAGACAGUGCUUCACUCGACCCACCGAAACCCACCGAAGACAAAAGCAAGCAGGCGGGCGUCUGUGCUCUUCGAGCCCCAGAUGAGUUCUCGCGGCUGGAGAUGGUCCAGCGGUUGGCCAAGGAUGGGUAUCGUUUUCUUCAGAACCAGAACUACAGGCUACCAGAUCGCUCUGUACAGGGUCCGGGUGAAGGUGUGGUGCGAGUCUGUCUAAAGGAGAGAGGUCAGGACGUGUUAGUUCUUCAGAGAGUCCCGGCAGAUCCAGCUUCUCCACAAACCGCAGCGAUCAAAGACGAGGACAGCGAUAAAAGGUACGUCGUGGUGUCCGGGACGCCCCAUAAAAUCCUGGAGCAUCUUCUGAGUGAUCUUCGUCUGGAUGAGCACCAGGGGGCAGCGGAGGGGAAAGAGGCAGAAAUGCUUCUGGACGACUUCCUGUUGACUUAUCUGGUCUUCAUGUCCACCAGUGAACUCUGUCAAGCCCUGCUGGGACACUACUCUACAAAGCGUUGUCGUGGUAAGGAGGAAGGAAAGGAGGCUCUCUAUAGGAAGAGGAAGGUAUUGCACCUGGUGUCUCAGUGGAGUUCUCUCUAUAAAGACUUCCUGAGAGAGGAGGAGAACGUCAAGCUCUUCAUGAAGACGCUGUAUCGAUAUGUGUUGGAAGAUGUUUACGAGUUUCCCAUGCUGGAAAAGGACCUGAAGGAAUUCCAGAAACUUCUGCGGCGUAGACAUACAAUGGAUGACUAUUCACCACAGAAGAAGAACAAAACUCUUUACCAUCAGCUGAGUCUAAAGGAGAGCAGUGUUCAGCUCCGAACUCCUCCUGUCGAGAGUAAAGACGUGAUGUGUCGUGUGUAUGUGAGUUCAGACUCAUAUCUCAGUAUGAGAGUUAAACCUGCAUUGAUAGCUCAAGAACUUCUGCACAUCGUCGCUCAGCGCAUGGAUAAAUGUGAAGAUGACCUGAUACUGGUGGCCCAGACGUACAGCGGAGAGAAGCGAGUCCUUCAGGCUCAUGACAGUAUUUAUUCAGACUCUCUGGGGACUCAAGGUCGACUGACCGCCUGCCGCAGGGAUCUCACUGAGAUUCUGCCUCCUUUGACUGAAUGUUCAGAUUUGGGUCAGAAGCCCAACAGACUGUUGGGUAUCAACACAUGGGACGUGGCUGUAGCUCUCACCAACUUUGACUGGAAUCUCUUUAACUCCAUCCACGAGCAAGAGUUGAUCUUCUACACGUUCAGUCGUCAGGCGAGCAGCGGACACACGGUGGCGCUGGAGUUUCUUCUGCAGCGCUGUAAUGAAGUUCAGCAGUGGGUGAUGUCUGAAGUUUUGCUCUGUCCAUCACUGGGAAAAAGAGUUCAACUGCUGAAGAAGUUCAUCAAGAUCGCUGCUCAUUGUAAAGCGCAGAGGAAUCUGAACUCAUCAUUCGCUGUCAUCAUGGGUCUGAACACAGCAGCCGUCAGUCGUCUUAACCAGACGUGGGAGAAAGUUCCUGGAAAGUUCAAGAAGCUUUUAUCUGAGCUUGAGCUGUUGACGGAUCCAUCCAUGAAUCACAAGGCCUACAGAGAUGCCUUUAAGAAAAUGAAGCCCCCUAAAAUACCCUUCAUGCCCCUGCUGCUUAAAGAUAUCACCUUCAUUCAUGAGGGAAACAAAACAUUUCACGAUAAUCUUGUCAAUUUUGAGAAACUGCACAUGAUCGCAGACACGGUCAGACUCAUUCGACACUGUCAGACCGAUCAAACAGGAAAUGAAGUUUCCCAGUGUGAGAGUCCUGAUGUGAGAUCCAGUGUGCAUUAUCUUCACAUCAUUGACAAUCAGCAGACGCUCUUUGAACUUUCUCACAGACUCGAGCCGAGAGUCUAACCUGAUGGACAUUAAACACAGGUUCAGCUGUUAACACAUAAAACACUUUGACCGGACAGACACAGAUUCAACGCUCUUAGCACUGACUGAAUGUGAUUUGUGUUGUAUUUGUGCUCCACCAGAGGGCGACACUUUCACAGCCAAAUACAUAACAACACAAUACUUUAGCUUGUUAAAGGACACAGGUUGUACCUUUUUUGAUGUUAAAUUGUUUAUUAUCUUAAUGUUGGUUGAUAUAAGACUUUUCCUGUCCACAUAAUACAGGAAAGGUGUAAACUCUUACAGCAUUGUUUUGUUGAAAUGCAAUCGUCAAUGUUAUUGAUCUUGGCUUUUAACUUUUAGCAGAACUCUGUGCUGAUGUUUAUGUGUGAAUUUAAUAUUUCAGACAGUCAGGGCUGGGCGAUAUAACAAAUUUAUUAAGUUAUUUAUUUACAUUUUUAAGCCUUUUGGUAAUGUAUCUUGAUAUUUAAGUGAGUGAUUUUUUUUUCAAAACAAUCAAGAUGUGUGUUUUUUCACUACAUAAACACAAAAAUGAUAUUUAAGCAUUUUGCAUUUAUUUCACCAAUGCAACAAUGCAAAAAAGCAAUGUUUUUUAUAUACUUUCACAAGAACAUUAAUAUAAUAUUAUAUAAUAUAAUGCCACACAGAGACAUCUGUACAGAUUUGUAAAUCAUGACACAAAGUCUAAGUACACACCAAACGCGAAUUCAACGAUUUGCAUACAAACAUACAAAGUCAAUGCAAAGACGCAAAUAGACGCAAACUCGCGAAUGCGAAUUGCAAGGCAAGAUUGCCGUAAAAACACGCACUCUUUUUGUUCAAAUAUUCAACUCGAGGGAAAAAUGUGCAUAACACAAAGUUAAAUCUCGCGAGUAAUAUAGAGUGAGUAACGCGAUGCUUCACGUUUUGUGUGUAUGCAGCACACCCAAUGCAAAUUCAACGAUUACAUACAACGUCAAUGCAAAGAUGUGAAUAGACGCGAACUCAUGCAGGGCGAUGCAAAGCACGAAUCGGGUGACGUGAUUGCCGCAAAAACAUGCGCUGUUCGCCUAAAAUGCGUCUUUGCGCAAGUUAAAAAAUAUUCAAUUUAAGCAUCAAAUUUGCUUUACACAAUUUAAAUCCCGCGAGUAAUCUACAGCGAGGAACACGAUGCUUCGCAUUUAGUGUGUAUGCAGCAUAAUGGGGCAUUCACACCAAAUGCGAAUUCAACGAUUUGCGCGACUAGUUUACAUACGAAGGCAAUGCAAAGACACAAACUUGCAUGGGGCGAUGCAAAUGGCGUGAAUCGGACAGCGCGAUUGCUCAAACGAUUGUCUUCGCGCAAGUGGAAAAAUUAAAUGAAAAAUUAGCAUGACACAAAGUUAAAUUCCACGAGUAAUCUAGAGCGAGUAAUGCGUUGCUUCGCGUUUUGUGUGUACGCAGCACACCAAAUGCAAAUUUAACAAGUUACACAAGUAGAUUACAUACAAAGUCAAUGCAAAGACAUGAAUAGACUCGAACUUGCGCAGGGUGAUGUGAAUGACGCAAAAUGGGUGCUAGAUUGCUGCAAAAACAUGCACUGUUUGCCCCAAACACGUUAUUGCACAAGUUAAAAAUAUUAAAUUUAGGCGAAAAAUUUGCAUUACACAAUUUAAAUCCCGUGAGUAAUCGACAGCGAGGAACACGGUGCUUCACGUUUUAUGCUGCAUACACACCACAUGCGAAUUCAACGAUUUGUGAAAGUAGAUUACAUACAAGUCAAUGCAAAGACAUGAAUAAACUCGAACUUCCGCAGGGUGAUGCGAAUUCGGUGCCGAGAUUGCCGCAAAAACAUGCGCUGUUCUCCUCAAAUGCGUCUUUGCGCAAGUUUAAAAAUUCAAUUUUAGCAAAAAAUUUGCAUAACACAAUUCAAAUCCUGCAAGUAAUCUACAGCGAGGAACACGAUGCUUUACGUUUGUUGUGUAUGCAGCAUAAUUGGGCAUACACACCAAAUGCGAAUUCAACGUUUUGCGCUACUAGAUUACAUGCAAAGGCAUUGCAAAGACGCGAACUUGCGUGGGGCGAUGCGAAAGACGUGAAUCGGGGCGGCGUGAUUUCUGCAAAAACACUCACUAUUUGCCUUAAACAAGUCUUCGCGCAAGUUGCAAAUAUUAAAGGAAUAGUCUACUUAUUUUCAAUAUUAAAAU